CGCAGAAAAGACCAGUAAGACAUCCUCUGAGCCGUUCCUGCGUAAGGGCAAAAAGGGGAAGGCAAAGCAGGAUGGCAAGGCACCACCUGCGGCCGACGUGCCAUCCGGUCCAAGUGGCUGGUUCAGUAGCGUCCUUGACGCUGAGAAACCCGCAGCUCCGGCAACAGCGAAGGCGCCAGCGAAAGGUGACAGCAAAACCGCUGCUGCACCUACGGAUGAAUCGUCGAAGGGAUCCACGCCGGGACCGUGGUGGUGGCCUGCGGUGCUCACCGGGAACAGUGUCGGCGGUAAUAGCGACGAGCUGUUCGCCUAGAUUGAGGUCCUUGUAGUUACGUACAAUUAUUGAACUAGUUGUAGAAGUUGUACUUUAUCAUUAUCAUUAUCUCUAAGCUUAAAAAUAUCUUGCUGAUUUGUUCCUGUUUCCAGUAGUAGAAGUUGAUGAUAUGAAAAUUUUCAGAAUGGAAAAAGAAACAACAAUUUUUGACUUUCGUAUUUCAAUGGGGACGUGAGUUUUCCUGACCGGGGCCGGGCUGAAGAUGGGCUUGACGACACUAAUCCACGGCAUAUUAUGCGCUUUGAUCCUCAUCUUCAUUUCGACAAAAUUUGUGAGAAAUCAGUGUGACGUACCCAGUGCAGCUCCUCCUUACUGUAUGAUACACGAAGUUCAUGCAAUAAACAUCAAUGUAGGAGAAGAGAUAUUCUCGAUAUGUUUUAUCACUGCGAUACAUCUGUAAUUAGAAGUAGCAUCAAUUAUCCUACGAUUAGCUUCACGACCGGCGAUCAAAAGCCUGAAAAAUUAACUCCACUACCUACCCUAGUUCAUUUCUUUGUCCGUGCAGCUGCAGGCAUGGUAACCCGGCUCUAACAGUGACCCGAUGAGCUGAAAAAAUAAACAGGAUCAUAUUUAUUGAAAUUGAUGGCGGCACAGUGCUACAGAGUCUUUUUUACUUUUCGUUUUUGCAAGUGAUAGAUCCCAUGUAAGUACGGAAUUUAUGACCCGCUACAACAGUCAAUAGGAAUACCAGAUGUCUUGAAAACUUGUAACAUUCCGAUUCGCAUAGUAAAGCAAGAAAUUCGGUCCACCACGAACAAAAAGGCAGCUGCAACGUCAAAGAAAACGUCGCGCUCUCGCUGUAAAAGUGACAAUCGGAC